AUGACCUCAAGUUUGGGCCUUACCACAAAGAAAGCCCUCACGAUCCUGAGAGACCAGUUGUCAGCACUGCUAGAGGGGCAUCAGAAGGAACGGAAGAAAAUGACUUCAUGGAAGGAGGUGUGGAGGAGCAGUUUUCUGUACCAUGGUAACCGUUGCUCCUGUUUCCACUGGCCUGGUGCAUCUCUGAUGCUUCUGGCAGUGCUGUUGCUGCUGUGCUGCUAUGGGAGCCAGCCACAGGGGAGCCAAGGUGCUGAGAUAGUUAAUGCACUGGCACUCUUCCUCCUUCUCCUCUUGGAUCUCUUCAUGAUCGGUCGUCAAGAGAGGCUGAAGUGCAGAGAGGUGGAGAGGAGACUUCAGACAAUCAUUGAGAAGAUAAAUGAUGCACUUGGCAAAGAGGUGAAAUGGCCAGAUUCCAUGUACCCUGACCUUCACAUGCCUUAUGCCCCAUCCUGGUCCCUUCACUGGGCCUACAGGGAUGGUCAUCUUGUCAACCUGCCUGUGAGCCUGUUAGUAGAAGGAGAUGUCAUUGCUUUGAGGCCAGGCCAGGAGUCAUUUGCUUCUCUGAGAGGGAUUAAGGAUGAUGAGCACAUAGUUCUGGAGCCAGGAGAUCUGUUUCCACCUUUCUCACCUCCACCCUCCCCAAGGGGAGAAGUGAAGAAGGGACCUCAGAACCCUCAGCUGUAUCGUCUGUUCCGUGUCUUAAAGACCCCGAUAAUUGAUAAUGUCAGGUGGUGUCUGGAAAUGGCUUUGUCGCGUCCUGUGACAGCCCUGGAUAAUGAGAGAUUCACUGUACAGUCAGUGAUGCUGAAAUAUGCUGUCCCUAUUGUACUGGCUGGCUUCCUGAUCACCAAUGCUGUGCGCUUCAUUUUCAAAGCUCCUGGAAUUGCCUCUUGGCAGUACACUCUUCUUCAGCUACAGGUGAAUGGUGUCCUGCCCAUCCUUCCGUUGCUAUUUCCUGUCCUGUGGAUUCUUGCUACAGCCUUUGGAGAAGCCAGAGUCUUGGCCCAGAUGAGCAAGGCCUCAUCCACCUCACUGCUUGCUAAGUUUUCAGAGGACACUCUCAGCAGCUACACAGAGAUGGUAUCUUCUCAGGAAAUGAUACGCUGUAUCUGGAGCCACUUCCUCUGUGUUUUAAAAGGCAAAUCCCCAACUCUGAGCUUCACUUCCAGCUUGCUCCAUAGUCUGGGAUCUGUCACUGUGCUCUGCUGUGUAGACAAGCAAGGGAUUCUUUCCUGGCCAAAUCCCAGCCCAGAGACUGUUCUGUUCUUCAGUGGGAAAGUGGAACCACCUCAUGAUAGCCAUGAAGAUCUAACUGAUGAGCUCUCUACACGGUCCUUCUGCCACCCUGAGAUGGAAGAUGAGCCCCACGAAAGAGAUGCUCUGCUCUCUGGCCCCCUGGCAGACACAGUCCACAUGACCAAUGAGCAAGAAAGGAACAACUGGCCUAGUGACCCUCCAAAGGCUCCCGAUGCCCAUGCCCACCGAAAGCCAAACAGCAGAAGCAAGCAUCCCUCUGGGUCCAAUGUGAGUUUUAGCAAGGACACGGAGGGUGGAGAGGAUGAACAUGCUCAGGUUGUUGGAGACAGUGAGGUGCUGGCUUGUGAGGCUGAAGACUUUGUGUGUGACUACCACCUUGAGAUGCUUAGCCUGUCCCAGGACCAGCAGAACCCCUCCUGCAUCCAGUUUGAUGACUCCAACUGGCAGAUGCACUUGAAUUCCCUCAAGCCUCUGGGCCUGAAUGUGCUGCUCAAUCUCUGCAACGCCAGUGUGACAGAGCGUCUGUGCCGCUUCUCUGACCACCUCUGCAAUAUUGCCCUCCAGGAAACUCACAGUGCCGUGCUGCCUGUCCACGUGCCCUGGGGCCUCUGUGAGCUUGCCAGGCUAAUUGGUUUCACACCAGGUGCUAAAGAUCUUUUCAAGCAAGAGAACUAUUUAGCCUUGUACCGCUUGCCAAGCGAUGAGAUGGUUAAGGAAACAAUCCUGGGGAAGCUUUCAUCGAUCACCAAGAGGAGACCACCCCUGAGCCACAUGAUUAACCUGUUCGUGAAGGACACCACUACCAGCACUGAGCAGAUGUUUUCUCACGGGACAGCUGACAUCAUCCUUGAGGCCUGCACAGAUUUUUGGGACGGUACCGAUAUCUACCCCCUCUCUGGCUCUGACAGGAAGAAAGUGUUAGAUUUCUACCAGCGAGCCUGCCUCUCAGGAUACUGCUCUGCCUUUGCAUACAAGCCAAUGCAUUGUGCCUUGUCCUCCCAGCUCAACGGCAAGUGCAUAGAACUGGUGCAGGUCCCUGGGCAGAGUGCUAUCUUCACAUGCUGUGAUCUCCCUGGGACAACCCCCAUCAAACAGAGCAGUCGGAGGAAUAGCUGGAGCUCAGAUGAAGGGAUUGGGGAAGUGAUGGAGAAGGAAGACUGUAUCCAGGCUCUGAGCGGACAGAUCUUCAUGGGAAUGGUCUCAUCUCAGUAUCAGGCCCGUCUUGACAUUGUCCGCCUCAUUGAUGGAUUGGUCAAUGCCUGCAUUCGUUUUGUCUACUUCUCCCUGGAAGAUGAGCUCAAAAGCAAGGUGUUUGCUGAGAAGAUGGGUCUUGAGACCGGCUGGAAUUGCCACAUAUCUUUAACACCUAAUGGUGAUGUGCCUGGCUCAGAGAUCCCUCCCUCUAGCCCCAGCCACGCUGGCUCUCUGCACGAUGACCUACAUCAGGUUUCUCGAGAUGAUGUGGAGGGGCUUCUGCUGAUGGAAGAGGAAGGGCACUCAGAUCUCAUCAGCUUUCAGGACUGUACCAGGGCCAAACUGCCACGGGGGAUCCACCAGGUGAGACCUCACCUGCAGAACAUAGACAAUGUGCCUUUGCUGGUGCCCCUCUUCACAGACUGCACCCCAGAAACCAUGUGUGAGAUGAUCAAGAUCAUGCAGGAGUAUGGGGAGGUGACUUGCUGUCUGGGGAGCUCUGCCAACCUCCGGAACAGCUGCCUCUUCCUGCAGAGUGAUAUCAGUAUAGCACUGGACCCUCUCUACCCAUCUCGCUGCUCCUGGGAGACUUUUGGCUAUGCCACCAGCACCACCAUGACUCAUGUCUCUGAUGAGCUCACUCCACUGCAGCUCUCAGGGCAGCUCAACAGCCUGCCUUGCUCCAUGUCCUUCCGCCAAGAAGAGAGUACCAGCAUCAUCAGGCUUAUAGAGCAGGCCAGGCAUGCAACAUAUGGGAUCCGCAAGUGUUUCCUCUUCCUGCUGCAGUGCCAGCUGACCUUGGUUGUCAUUCAGUUCCUCUCCUGUCUGGUGCAGCUGCCCCCCAUCCUCAGUACCACAGACAUCGUGUGGCUCUCCUGUUUCUGCUAUCCACUGCUCAGCAUUUCACUCCUGGGCAAGCCUCCUCACAGCUCCAUCAUGACCAUGGCAACAGGAAAAAACUUGACUUCCAUUCCCAAGAAGACUCAGCACUACUUCCUGUUCUGCUUCCUGCUGAAAUUCAGCCUGACCAUCUGCUCCUGCCUCAUCUGCUUCGGGUUCACACUGCAUGAGUCCUGCAAAGAGGUGAACACCACCAGCCUCAAUCUCACAGCCUGCUCCUCCAUCAUGCUGCACAGCAAUGCUGAUGGUGCUCCUGACUGGUUUGGGACAUUUUCCAACGCUCUUCUUGUAGCCCAGAAGCUCACAGCUGGCCUGAUUGUUUUACACACAGUGUUUAUAUCCAUCACCCACGUCCAUCGCACCAAGCCAUUGUGGAAGAAGAGCCCGCUUUCCAACCGGUGGUGGACGCUCACUGUGGCUGUUGUAUUGCUGGGGCAAGUGGCACAGACUGUGCUGGACCUGAAACUCUGGGAAAACCUCAGUUCUUCACUGACCUUUAACCACGUUUCCAUCUCCCCGGUCUCAUGGCUCCUGGGUUUUCUUUCCUUGGUCCUUGUGGUUAUCAUCAAUGAGGCUGUCAAGCUGCAUGAAAUCAGGGUCCGGGUCCGUUACCAAAAGAGGCAGAAGUUGCAGUUUGAAACAAAGCUGGGGAUGAAUUCGCCUUUUUAG